AUGACUUCGGUAAAUGGCGAAGAGCUGGCCAAGAACAAUACAAAAGACUCCUGCUGGAUAGCGAUCAACGGUACAGUAUGGGACGUAACAUCCUUCCUCGAAAAACAUCCCGGUGGAGCUAGCCUCAUCCUAAAGCUAGCAGGUCAAGAUGCCACAGAAGCAUACUCAACCUUUCACGACCUGGAACUCGUAGAAAAGACAUUGGAUCCCGGAUCUCGAAAAGGCAGCAUAGAUGUCAACACAAUCCCCAAAGCUCAACCUCCAACCAAGAAAGAUGUCGAAAUCUCAAAACCCUCCCGACCACCUCUCCGUUCCAUGAUCAACCUAUCCGACUUCCAAAAACUCGCAGAAAAACACAUGACUCCUCUGGCAUGGGCCUACGUAUCCUCAGGCGCUGACAACGAGAUCUCCAUGAACGAAAACGCAGCAGCAUACAGCCGCGUCUUCCUCCGAGGCAGAAUCCUCCGCAAGAUCGGGUCCUGCGAUCUCAGCACAAAAAUCUUAGGCCAGAAAUCUUCGCUUCCAAUCUACACCUCUCCAGUGGGAUUGGGAAAACUCGUGCACCCGGACGGAGAAUGCAACAUCGCAAAAGCUGACGGGAAAGAGGGGAUCAUCCAAGUCGUGAAUACUGUAAGCAGUAUGUCGAUCGAAGCGAUUAUGGACGCCAGGGUCUCGAAAGAUCAACCUGUUUUCUGGCAAUUGUAUCUCGAUCGAGAUUUGGAGAAGAGUAAAGCUUUUGUGCAAAGAGUGGAGAAAUGUGGUGUGAAGGCGAUCUGGUUGACGGUAGAUUCUCCCGUGACGGGGAAUCGGGAACGCGACGAGAGAUCGAAAUCUGUAGACGAGUUGGAAGAGGAAGAGAAUUUAGAGGAAGUCGUGAAUAAUAUGAAGAGUGGUGGAACUGGAGUCGCGGCUUCGUAUAAUAGUUUUAUUAACGGGGAUGUGGAUUGGGACAUUAUUCGAUGGCUGAGAUCGAUUACGACGUUGCCGGUUGUUGUCAAGGGAAUCAUGUGUGUGGAAGAUGCGGUUGCUGCGUAUGAGCAUGGAGUGGAUGGGAUUGUGCUGAGCAAUCACGGUGGUCGUUCGCAAGAUACCUCACAACCUCCAUUGCUCACCCUCCUCGAAAUUCGAAAAUACGCUCCUCACAUCAUGGGCCGACGAAUGCAAAUCUUUGUGGACGGAGGCGUUCGAAGAGGCACGGAUGUCCUCAAAGCUUUAUGUCUAGGUGCAAACGCAGUAGGUAUUGGUCGGCCAACUCUUUUCAGCCAGGCUGCUGGGUAUGGUCAUUAUGGAAUUCGAAGGAUGAUUCAGAUUUUGAGAAAGGAAUUGGAGACGAACAUGGCUUUCCUUGGAGCCAGGAAGAUUGAGGACUUGAGUCCUGCCAUGUUGAAUACCAAGCUGCUUGAGAAUUUGCUGGUGAGUUCGGCGAAUCUUUGA